GCUGACGGACAUAACGGAAAACAAGGGAGCGCACAAAGACAUCAUGAUCCAAAAUCCCAUCGCCUGAAAACCGACCGGUCAGAUUCACAGCUCGGGCUGCUGUCCAGCGCAAGGCAUCAUGAUCCCUGUGACGGAGUUCCGGCAGUUCUCUGAGCAGCAGCCGGCGCUGCGAGUACUGAAGCCGUGGUGGGAUGUGUUCACCGACUAUCUCUCUGUUGUCAUGCUCAUGAUUGGUGUCUUUGGAUGCACCCUCCAGGUCAUGCAAGACAAAAUCAUCUGCCUUCCUCAAAGAAUGUCAUCACCGGACCAGAACAUCUCUGUAGAAGACAGAAGUAAACCUGAACCGGAGUCAGUGCUAAACUUGCAGUCCCAUUACUCAGCUCUGCCAAAAGAAAUGAAGGGCCUGAAAACUGAUCUGGAUCUUCAGCAGUACAGUUUCAUCAAUCAAAUGUGUUAUGAGAAGGCUCUCCAUUGGUAUGCUAAGUAUUUUCCCUAUCUGGUUCUUAUACACACUCUAAUUUUCAUGGUGUGUAGCAAUUUCUGGUUCAAAUUCCCUGGCUCUAGUUCUAAAAUAGAGCAUUUUAUUUCCAUCCUGGGCAAGUGCUUUGACUCUCCAUGGACCACGCGAGCCUUGUCUGAGGUUUCUGGAGAAAAUCCUGAAGAAAAAGACCAUAAAAAGAACACCACCAACCGGUCCAACAUUAAUGUCCCUCCUGGGGAAGGCAAUCUGGAGAAGACACAGUCCCUCCGGUCUAUCCCAGAAAGGAUUGUAGUUGACAAGCCAACAGCAAGUGCUCUUGAUAAAAAAGAGGGAGAACAAGCCAAAGCUCUUUUUGAAAAGGUAAAGAAGUUCCGUUUGCAUGUUGAGGAAGGGGACAUCCUCUAUAUCAUGUAUGUUCGCCAGACUGUCUUCAAGGUGCUCAAAUUUCUUCUGAUCAUCGCGUAUAACAGCGUUCUAGUGUCUAAAGUGCAGAUUACAGUAACUUGCAAUGUUGACAUCCAGGACAUGACAGGCUAUAAAAAUUUCUCAUGUAAUCACACCAUGGCUCAUCUGUUCUCUAAGCUCUCGUACUGUUAUUUGUGCUUUGUGGUUGUCUAUGGAUUAACAAGCCUGUACACCUCCUACUGGCUGUUUUACCGCUCACUGAAAGAGUACUCCUUUGAGUAUGUGCGACAGGAAACAGGCAUCAACGACAUACCGGAUGUCAAGAAUGACUUUGCUUUCAUGCUACACAUGAUUGAUCAAUAUGACCCUUUGUACUCAAAAAGAUUUGCAGUUUUUCUGUCAGAGGUCAGUGAAAACAAAUUAAAGCAGCUCAACCUCAACCACGAGUGGACUGCAGAGAAACUGCGGCAGAGACUGCAGACUAAUGCCAACAACAGACUUGAGCUUCAGCUUUUUAUGCUAUCUGGGCUUCCAGACACCAUCUUUGAAGUGACAGAGCUCCAGUCACUCAAGUUGGAGAUCAUCAACAAUGUCACUAUUCCUGCCUCCAUCUCUCAGCUUGAAGACCUUCAGGAGCUGUCUCUUUACCAGUGCUCUUUAAAGUUGCACACGACAGCUACCUCCUUCCUCAAAGAGAACCUGAAAGUCCUUCGUGUGAAGUUUGAUGAUAGCAGGGAGCUUCCAAACUGGCUGUAUGGCCUGCGGAACUUAGAAGAGCUCUAUCUCACCGGAUCACUGAGCCCCGAUGCCUCCAAGAAUGUAGUUCUUGAAUCACUGCGUGAGCUGAAGUGUUUGAAAACUCUCUCCCUUAAGAGUAAUUUGACCAAGAUCCUACAGUCUAUUGUGGAUGUUUCAAGCCAUUUGCAGCGGUUGUACAUAUAUAAUGAUGGCACUAAACUGGUUAUGCUCAACAACCUGAAAAAGAUGACCAAUCUGACAGAACUGGAGCUUGUGCGUUGUGAUCUGGAGCGCAUUCCACAUGCAGUCUUCAGCCUCACAAACCUGCAGGAGCUUGACCUGAAAGAAAAUAACCUUCGCUCCAUAGAGGAAAUUGUCAGCUUCCAGCAUCUGAGGAAACUCACCUGCCUCAAACUGUGGUACAACAGCAUCAUGUAUAUUCCAGAGCAUAUCAAAAAGCUUGGCAGUCUUGAGCGUCUCUACUUCAGCCACAACAAGAUUGAGAUAUUGCCCUCACACCUAUUCUUAUGCAACAAGCUGCGCUACCUGGACCUGUCCAACAAUGACAUCCGAUUCAUUCCCCCAGAAAUUGGAGUCCUUCAGAGUCUUCAGUAUUUCUCUGUCACGUGCAACAAAAUUGAAAAUCUUCCAGAUGAGCUCUUUUUUUGCAAAAAGCUCAAAACGCUAAAACUUGGAAAGAACACCCUGUCCAUACUCUCACCAAAAAUUUCCUACCUGCUUCUACUGACACACUUUGAGCUCAAAGGCAACCAUUUUGAGGUCCUGCCACCAGAGCUUGGUUGCUGUCGGGCCUUGAAACGCAGUGGCCUUAUUGUAGAAGAUGCACUGUUUGAAACAUUGCCUUCAGAUGUCAGGGACCAAAUGAAGGCUGAGUGAGAUGCCUUAUUGUAGCCAAAGUGCCAACUGUUCACUUUGUCUAGUAAAUCAUAGCUUAUGCUUUAUAUUAUCAUAUUAUCAUACUGAAGUAUUACACCAAGCUAUUGUUUUUGGACGACUGUUAAGACAAAGUUAUGACUUUGUUCAAGUUUACUUAAUGGAGGAGAAAUUCCUUAUUCAUUUAGUUGUCACAUCCACUAUGGCUGUUUUCCAUCUUGGGGACGUCAUCAACAGUGGAGUUUGCUCUUGUUCAGCCACUGUUAUUAAUUUUAUCACACUGUUAAGACACAAGUUGUUAAAGCACAAUUAUUGUCACUGUCAUUUAUGUGUGAAUGAUUUUUGAAUGAAAAUAUAAAAUGAGAACCUCAAUGAAGUGUUGGGCACUCGCCCAGUGCUAUAUGGGACAGAUUGUAUUACCUUUAGAGAACCUCUUGUUUUGCUUAGAGAUAAUAGAGACACUAUAGUUGCAGUUCACAUUCAUCAAGAACAGCAGCAGAGGGAACGCAACAAUAUAACAGGAUACCUAAGUACAUACAGUAUCUUGUUAAAGAAGUCUAUGUUAUAGAUAGAUUGUAUUUAUGGAACAGUAUAUUAAAAUCUUAAUUCAUGCUGGUAUUCAUCAGUUCUUGAAAUGUAUAUAAGAAGUAUUACAAAUACGUAUUUUUAUAAACCCUUUUUCAUGUUGACAAGCAAUA